CUGGCAAAACAUGGCCGUUGAGAAACUCACUCAUGGCAGUUAGCCUUCGAUAACUGUUCUUUUUUAUUGUAAAGUUCUUAAAUUGCUAAACAAUCUGCUGCCCAGUCACCAAUUUAAUUGUCCUUGUUUGCUUUGCUGUUGGUUCAGUUUUUAUCUGAUCUCUGUGACUCGUUUGCCGCUGAAGCUAGGUAUCGAGCUAACUUCUCCAUUGGGAACAAUGACAGCGACUUCAGCAGGCAGCAGCUGCCUCACCGCUAAAGGACUGGACAUCAGUCUGGCUGCUCUGCAGCGACAAGACCCGUACAUCAAUGACAUUGUGGACGUGGCCAGUCAAGUUGCCCUGUAUACUUAUAACAACAGGGCAAAUGAGUGGGAGAAGACCGAGGUUGAAGGCACCCUUUUUAUCUACACAAGACUGGCAUCUCCCAGGCAUGGUUUCACCAUUAUGAACAGACUCAGUAUGGAAAACUUGACAGAGCCAAUCACCAAAGACCUGGACUUCCAGCUGCAGCACCCCUUCCUGCUUUACCGCAAUGCCCGAUUGGUUAUCCAUGGCAUUUGGUUCUACGAUAAGGAGGACUGUCAACGCAUUGCUCAGAGGAUGAAGAUUCUGACCCAGCAGGAGCAGACCCUGGCCCAGUCUCAGGGUGGAUGGUUGUCCCCAGGCGGAAGAGGAGGGGUAAUUGGAGGAGGGGUACUAGGAGGAUUACUAGGAGGAGUUCUUGGAGGAGUAGUUGGAGGAGAAGUAAGAGUGGGAGGAAGUGAAGCAAAGUCAGUGGACAUCAUCCAGAUGUUGACCAAAGCACGCACAGAGUAUGACAAGUCUACGUCAGAGCCAAAGGAGAUUGGUGGCAGCAAUGUUAUUUAUGGAAACCCCAACCUGAUCAAACCCAUACCUGUUAAACCGAACCCUCAGGACAGUGACAGUGCUGCACCCAAGCCUCUCUCUCUGGCCACUCUAUUUGGCUCUCAGAAGCAACACUCACCCAAACCUGAGCCAGUCUCUCCUCUGGCCUCGCCCGGGACAGGGCCCUCGACAGGAAAGUUCAGUCGUCCACCUGUAGCCCGAUCGCUGAAAUACGAUUCAGUGAACAAAAGUGUGCCCAACCAGGGAGGGAACAUCGCCAUGGUUGCGUGUUCAGAGGGAGCGCUCAAGGCUGUGAUUGGAGGACAGACGGUUCAAGAACACGGGGGAAAUGUUGUGGGAUUAUUGUCGAGCCCCACCGCCGCCCAUCAGCAGCAGCAGCAGCAGCACUGCCCCGCCAUCCAGAAACUGAUGCAGGGACCGAGAGGAGUCGGGGUGGUGGUGGGGGGGGUGCUUCAAACCCUCUCAGAGUCUCCCGAGAACAGGCUGUGUGACAACGGGGUGCCGCUGGAGCACCACCACCACCAUCACCACAUGUACCAUCAUCUUCACCAGCAGCACCACCUCCAUCACCAGCAGCAGCACCAGCAGCAACAGCACCAGCAGCAACAACAGCACCAGCAGCACCAGCAGCAGCAACAACAGCACCAGCAGCACCAGCAGCAACAACAGCACCAGCACCAGCAGCAGCAGCAGCAGCAGCACCACCAGCAGCAGCUCCACCAGCAGCAGCACCAGCAGCAGCUGCUUCAAGUGGACCCCAUCAAGAGACUUUUCCAAACCCAGCAGCCUCUCCCAUCCUCCCUUUCUCCUUUGCAGCAGAUCCCCCAUCUCCCACCUCAGCCUGGGAUGGGGGGUCCCGUGUCAUGUUCCCACCUUCAAGCACAGCAAAGCCAGCAGCUGUUCUACAGCCUUUCCAAACCUCCAGCAGAGGCUCAGCACAGCAGCCAGGCAGCUUCAGCUGUACAGGCAGCAGGUUUGCUGCCAUCUCAGGUAUCCAAUGACCAAGUCCUUCAUCCUUUACAAGGUUUGUCUUCCCAGAUGCCAGGAGUGGUGUCUCCUCAUGAGCUCCUGCAGAAGCUGCAGCUGGUCCAGCAGGAGCAGAGCCUGGCUACCCAUGAUCCCCCUCGACCUUCCCCAGGACUUGCUCCUCGAUUCCUGGGGCCCAGUCAAGGUCAAGGAGUAGGCUCCGUUGUAGGCCCAAACCAGGCCCCAGCCACUGCGGGUCAAAAGGCUGCGCUGCAGUUUCAGGUUAUCUCCCCCCAGAGGAUUCCAGCCACUGUGGCCCCCAACAUGCUCCUCUCGCCCAGUGUGUUCACUCAGGCAAAGUCUGGUGGAGGGUUGUCGGUGGGGCCCCAGGAGAACUCCCCGGCCCCUUCAACUGUCUCCAGACCCCCUCUGCAGCAGGAGGGCAUAGUUCUGUCCAGGAGCCAGCUUCAAACCACAAUGCUGCAUCUAAUCCAGACUGACGGCUCGUUCGUGGACUCCAUCUAUGAAGCCUAUAUCAGCCGCUUUGUUAAUGACUCCAGCAGCAAGUACUGAUGACUCUUCACACCCUCUGUCUAGACACACACUCUGUCCAGAGCAGUGAGGCUCACACCGUAUAUGGAUGUACCACUUCCUCCUUCAAUCCCAAACACACUCUCUGUAUCUCCUCUGCAUUGUAACAGCCAGUCAAUUAGUUAAGUCAGUCAGCAGUUAUCAAAAAUUAUAAACGAGUUGGUUAACAUAUCAAAAGAACCUGAGAAAAAUGACAUUCUCAGUCUGAGGAAUUUUAGCGUAAAUAAGUCACAGCAGUAGCCAGCUCCCUCAGUGAAGACAAAGUAUGCUGCAGCCUGUUUUAGCAAUGUGGUUGCGUUAAGUAGUUCCCUGCACUAUUUUUUUGACUAAGUGUAUCAAAAUGACAGUUUUAUUGUAAUUGUUUGUUUUAAAUUGGGAAGACUUUACUCCAUCAGAGGCUCCUAACAGCAGCCAGCCUCCUGGUCUAAGAACUAGUGCUGAAGGAAAUCUCAACCUGACUUCACCUAAACCGGUUAAACAUGAUUAGCAUUUCUGUUCAUUUAAUGUCUAAAUGUUAUAAAAAAUGUGUUGGCAUUUAAUUUACACUUUUUUAAAGUUAUGUCUUACUAGUUUGAUUUCUAAAGGAAUUUUAAGGAAUAUAUUUUACAAUCCAAAUUCUUUUAAAAUGAUUAAAUAAUACAUUGUCAUUUAGAUUUGUUCCUCUUUUUUCAGGAGUCUGAUACAUAUAUGCAUUUGUAUUUUAGUUACAAGAAUAAUAUUUUUAUUAUGCCAAGGAAGAAUUUAAAAUGACGGCAUCCCUCAAAGUUGAUGCUAAAAGGAAAGAUUGGAGAAUUAUUAACCAGCGCUACCUCACAGAGAACUAGUUUAAAGCUGAACCUGUGUUUUUCUUAGUGAUUGUCAAUUAUGUGAUUGGACGGUUUUAGAGAUUAGAUAAUAUUUCAGUUUGAUUUGUGGGAUUUCAUCAUCACAGUCUAUUGACACCAUUUACUGAUGCGUCCCAAACGUUACAUUUUUCAUUUAUGCCACAGUUCCUGAGCAUUUUGGCUGCCGAACAAAACAGUUUAGAGAAAUCAUCUUCAGGAAUAAUACAACUUUUUGGAGCAAACACUUUAAGUUUAACAAAUGAUUGGAAGCUGGAGAUUUAAAGCAAUAAUAAUCAGCAAAGAAUGUAUAAUGCAUAACUGUUUGGAGUUCACCGGCCUGUUCAAAGCAGCUAUAGUAGAAAAUGCUCUUCCACGCCUGUUAUACACUUAGUGUCAACCAGCCGAACAUGUUUCCCACUCAGCAUCAUCUAGUACAGGCUUCACAGCAGCUCACAGAGCGGACAACAGCAGCCCAAACAAAUACAUUUCAGAAAAAAACCCACUAAAUAUAUUUUUCCUAUUUUUGUACUCUAGCAGAGGGUAUCGAUCUAAUAGAGAAAAAAACCAGCAUGGUAAAUUACAAAUAAAUGUACAGCUCGCAUAAAAGAAAUGCAAAUGAAGUCUUAUACAACAUGUCUACAGUUAUUUGUCAAUUCUUCUAAAGAUGUCCUCCAUAUUUUACUUUGUUAAACAUGUCAUUAAACAAACCUGAGGCAUUAGAAAUUCAAUGGAAACAUUUUUAUAAAAGUUGUACUUAUUUUGGUCUUACUUUAACUGGAAUAUAUUUCAAUUGGAUAUUAAAUGUUUUCAAACUG